UUGUUGCCCCGUAAAGGCCAGCUGUUGGUGUUGUUUCUACACCCCAAAGAAACCAAGUGUCAAGCUCCCAGAGAGCCGCAUGUGAGCAUCUUCUCUCCCCGGUGCGCCUCCAGCUGCAGCGCAGGUCGCGUGCGUCGUCGCCCCUCGGCGCAGUUUGUGUUGCAGGUGCGCGGAGAAGGAGCGCGAGGACAGAUGGCUGCGCUGACGAUACAAAGGACUGACAACUUUUUGCACACUUUUUUACAGGACCGGACGCCCAGCUCCUCUCCAGAGGGAGCGUCUAACGCGCUGUCCUUCCUGGCCACCACCUGCAGCCAGGCCUGGCAGGUGGGAGGCGGCAUGGGCUCCGAGGGCUCCCAGUUCCCCUACGAGGGCACGGUCAGCUCCACGUCCGGGAUGUUCCAGCUCUGGAGUAACGAAAUGGCCCCCAGCACGGCCCUCAGCACGCACCAGAUGACCUUCACCGUGCCCAAGAUGCAGUUCCCCGGACACAUGCAGUCCGGCCUGGGCCACCACCACCACCCUCACCACCACCACCACCACCACGAGCUGCCUCUGACCCCUCCGGCCGAGCCCGCGCCCUCCUACUCCUUUGAACUGUCCCCGGUCAAGGUGCUGUCCUCGCAGCCCCAGACCGGCAGUCCCUACUACCCCCAGCAUAACGGCGUGGGCCAGAACUUCCCGGGCUUCCUGCAGAACUCCUCUGCCCGGCACCACCUGUCCGGAGGCCACGUGGACGAAGGCCAGCAGUGGUGGAGCCUACCCCAGACCAACGCCGCCCCGGCCAGCCACCCCUUCUCCCUGGGCCGGCAGCUGGUGCUGGGCCACCAGCCCCAGAUCGCCGCUCUCCUGCAGGGCACCUCCAAAGGUCUGCUGAGCUCCACGCGCCGCUGCCGGCGCUGCAAAUGCCCCAACUGCCAGGCCAGCGGCGGCGGGCUGGAGUUCGGCAAGAAGAGGCUCCACGUCUGCCACAUCCCCGAGUGCGGCAAAGUGUACAAGAAGACGUCCCACCUGAAGGCGCACCUGCGCUGGCACGCCGGGGAGAGGCCCUUCAUCUGCAACUGGCUCUUCUGCGGGAAGAGCUUCACCCGCUCGGACGAGCUCCAGCGCCACCUGCGCACGCACACCGGCGAGAAGCGCUUCGGCUGCCAGCAGUGCGGCAAGAGGUUCAUGAGGAGCGACCACCUCUCCAAGCACGUCAAGACCCACCAGACCCGGAAGGGCCGGUCCGGUCAGCCCUCACAGAGCACAGACUCUCUGCUGACCAAUAUCAAGAGAGAGUAGUCCCGGUGGUCCUCCUUUCAAACACAAUGAGCAACAGUGACCAGACUGUGUGAGUCCCACUUACUGCCAUAGGUUUGCACUACAAGAGGGUAAGCACCCAGCUCCCCCAAAUAUUUCUUUUCUUGUGAAAGCCUUUGCUCUUGAAUUCAAGGAAAAACCAUAUACACAUAUUUAGUUAGUAAGAUUUUGAAGAAAACAAAACACCUUUAAAGAAAACUUGAAACCUUUUCCGGUGAUAUUGUGAUCUGCUGCGUUCAGUCUUUAUCUGCCUUCCACUAUUUAAAUAUCAUUCAAAUCUCAGCUAAUAGGAAAUUAUAUAUUUUUUUUCAAACUUCUUUGUGUAAAUAUUUCAUCCAUGUGAAGGAUUUGACACACACACGAGAAAAUUAAAAAAAGUGUUUACAUUACUCUGUUGUCCAAAUGUCAUGUUUAAUAUAAAUGUUUGCCUUUGUUCAAACUAACGUUGCUGCAGAAAAAAAAAAUCUGUUUAUCUUUCGAACAAUAUGCUUAUAACGAAUUAAUGCCUGUGUUCCUGUUGAUAAUUCUAUUUUUUAUUCUAACGUAUUUCCUAAUUUGUCAGAUUUGAGGUAGAUAUUUCUUUUGAAAUGUAAACAUGGGACUCUUUGAUCCGCGGACGCGUCUGCUCUUCAGCAGCAAUGUGAAGCACCACUCCUGCAGAUUGGAAAACAUUUUAAAAUUUAAAGUUCUUUGUAAAUUAUGUAUAAAUAUUGUGAACAAUUUUAUUUGGAAUUUUGACAGCA